AUCCGUUCACUACCACCACUUACGGCGAAUCUGAGCGACGAGAUUGACGACAUUUAAUAACUGUAGCAUUUCAUCGGGAUCUUUAAUCUUUACUGGUGAUUCGACCAGAGCCAUGAAGAUGCAUCGGUGUCUGCUUUGCGUGGUCAUCACGCUGAUGUCCGUGCUGCAAUGCAGCUGUCAAAGCUCGGAGGAGCGUGUCCUGACAAAUGAACCCAAUUACCCGGAGCUUGAACACAGCAAGAUACCGAUGGCGAGCAUAAAUGGGCUGCUGGACACGUUGGACCACGACAAUCGGCAAGCGGCGGUAGGUAGUGGCGGUAUCAUCGGCAGCCAGCUCGCACCGGAAGACUAUGAGACGGCCGAAAAUCUAGCGGCACGCCUCGGUUAUCCUCAUCUGAGCGGUGAGACAAAGCGUAGCUGGAGCAAGAUGAAUGCAGCCUGGGGUAAGCGUGCCGGUGCUGGUAAUCGAAAUUCGGGCUGGACCAAGUUUGGUGCGGCCUGGGGAAAACGAGAACCGGGAUGGAAUAAUUUGAAAGGACUAUGGGGUAAGCGUGCGGACAAGUGGGACAAACUUGCAUCGGCUUGGGGCAAACGGCAGGAAAUUAGUCGAAGUUAUUAAUAAGCGCCCGGACGGGCGCAGAUGGCAACAACCAUGUAUCUAUACGCACCUGAGCCUAGUAGUUCCUAGUCAUUCUCCAAACUCUACACAUACCUAUAAUUAAACAUGUUUGAUAACACAUAGAUAAGAACAAGCAAAGUAGCAAAUCUGCUUCUCCAAUGCUCCAUCCAUUGUAGCAGGUAUGCAAGGAUCGUUUGGUUGCAAGGAUCAACGCGCAGUACGAUUUUUGAUCUCGUUAUCGUCAAACCUCACCAACGUUUCACGCUACUGGACACCUAGUAACGAAAAAGGAAGUGUUAUGCUAACAAAACACACUAUUAUGCACACCAAAAAGGCUAGUUGUAUACUUCGCUUUAAUCAAUCAAUCUCCCGGUGUUACAGUCAACCGUUUUUAACCUCGGCAAUUAAACUGUUUGAAAAUCAAUGUAAUACAUAA